CUAAAACCCCUGGCAUUCAUAGAGAUAGAAGCAGUGACACAGCUUUGUGCCUAACUAGCAUCGCAGUGGCAGAGACGCACGCAGUUGCCGCAUCAGUCCGCAUCAACUGCACGUUUGUUUGAUCUCUCUUCACCCUUCAAAUUGCAAGUGUGACCGUCGAAGAAGAGGUAGGAAUCUUUCUUGCAAUUCCAAUCAUGACUUUGCUAGAAGUAAUUAAGGAUGCUUCAGUCAAUUCAAAACCACUUGAUUCACCUUUGGACUACCCAAUUGUUCUGAACCCAGGUGGUAUCUUACCUAAUUUAAAGCCUGAAGUUGAAGAUGAAUCUUCUUCAUCCCUCAUAAAACCCCUUAUUGGGUGGCAAAUUUCACAAACUGAUGCUGAGAUUAUUGACGUUAGCAAAAAGUUCUUUACACAACUGAAGGCUAAGCUUAAGAACACUAAUAAUUUGGAUAAGGGUGAGUUUAUUAGUAGUUUGAAUUCCUAUCUAGAAAACAUUAGGGACAAAUUAGGGGUUGUGAUUGGGGUUGAUUCAUCCUGUAGUGGUUAUACCAGGAUUUUGAUUGAAAAGCUUGGAGUUUUCAUAGGUAAAGAUGUUGCUGGCCUGGUUUUGGAUGGGAGUGUUUCUUUGGAGAUUUGGGAAGUGGUCAAGGCUUUGAUUGUUAAUGGUAUUACUGAGCAUUCUUGUUAUUCAGACCUGGUUACGAAGUUAGUGGUGAAAAAGAGGUCUGAUUUGCUCUGUUUAUGCAUUAAGCAUGGUUUCGAUCUUGGUUCAUCAGAAAUACUUACCAUUUUGAGGUACUUUCUUUCUCCAUCCAAAGAUAGUUAUGACAGUAUGGUAACUGUGAAGAAGGAGUGGGAGUGCCAAGCACUGUUGGCCAUUGAGAAAGCAAGUGAUAGCAAUCUUAAGAAGAAGUACUUGCUUAUAGCAAAGGAGGCUUCCAUUUUGCUUAUGAUGGCAUAUGAUGGUUUCUCUGCUUCUGAAAUUUGUUUGCAUUAUCUGUUUUCAUCAUCCAACAUCAAUGAUGUGAUGUUAUCCCCUUCAUUCAGUAAGUUGAACAGCAAAGAGUUGAUAAAUUUGAUUCGUUAUUUAGCCAAGUGGUUGAAGAAAUAUGAGAGGUUUCCUCAAGCAGGACCAUGUCCAAAAGCCUCAUCAGUUUCAGUUUUGGGUUUGAAUGUUUGUGAUUGGGUUCCUAAACUCGAAGAUGUUAUAAAAUGUCUUGGCUUAGUGCUUGAUGAGAAUUUUUCUUCGUUGGUGUUACAUCCACAGUUUCACGAGGAGCUGAGAUCAAUUGAAGGAGUGGUUAGUUGUUUGACUGUUGAAGCCAAAUUUUGCCACUUGAUGACUGAUGUAGUGGACAAAAUAAAGAUCGAAGUAAAAGGUGAAAAUAAUUAAGUCCCUUCCGAAGAUUAUGUUUUGCAUAUUUGCUAAUGAUGCACUAUUGUAUGGGCAAUGAUCAGUGAACACUGAACACACAUCUCUCUCUUUGUAUCCUCUUUUCACAUAAUACAUGGACAGAGAGACCAUAACUCCAGGAUAUGUUUAUUGUUAAGGAUCGUGACUAUAAUUUCAUUUAGAGAUUCAUGCCUAUAACCUUUUAUUUGUAUUAGGAUUCUAUGCAGUAUAACCUUUUUUUUGGGGUCACAACAUUGGUCUUUGUAUGCCUUGCUUAUGUUGUGCAUAACGAUUUUCUUGUGAUCCAUAAUAUUUUUGGUACCA